AUGCCACAAGCAUGCAAAGCCGCUGACACGUUCGAAGACCUGCUCGUGAGCCUGACGUGGCGGCAGCGCCGGCUGCCUCUCGAGCUGCAGACGCGGACGUGCGAGCAGCGCGAGGACUACACUACAGGCACUGUGGGGGAGAGCGUGGCGGGCGAGACUUUGACUGCGGGGUUCCUGGAUGCAGUGCAGGAAGAGGCUGCGCGAUUAGAAGGAGGCAGUGCAGACGGAAAAAAGACAGCUAAGAUCGCCGAGACGCUCGAGACGACGGAGAUGUCGACCGUGGCUGAGCGGAGACGCGGAGACGGCGAGGGAUACUACAAUCAAGGUGACGACCGGCUCGAUCGAGACGACGGAGGAGGCGUAGAGUUGGUCUCCGAGGUUAUUAAGACGACGGAGGAGACGGUGGAGGAGAUCAAUACGACGACUGCCGAUGGCGACUCGGUCGACUCGGCGAAGCUCGUCGAGCGCGUGAGCAAGACCAAAGACCUGGGGCGGUACUUCAGCUCGAGCGCGCAGCAGCAGGACGGCCAAGGUGCUGAGGGUGCAGUGUAG